UAUAUGUUACCUCUGGGCGAUAUUAUUCAUAAACAUUGUAUUAGUUUCCACUGUUAUGCUGAUGACACACAGUUGUAUGUCUCUGCAAAACCUGAUGAGAGACACCAGCUUAAUAAAAUUGAGGAAUGUGUUAAGGACAUUAGACACUGGAUGCUUAUAAAUUUCCUUCUGCUUAACUCUGACAAGACUGAAGUACUUGUGCUAGGACCACAUACAGCUAGAAGUAAGUUUUCUGAUUCCACAGUAACUCUGGAUGGCCUUUCUGUUUCUUCACGUGCAGCAGUAAAAGACCUCGGAGUGAUUAUUGACCCCAGUCUUUCAUUCGAAACUCACAUUGAUAACAUCACCCGGAUAGCUUUCUUUCAUCUCAGAAAUAUUGCAAAGAUAAGAAAUUUAAUGUCAUUGCAUGAUGCAGAAAAACUAGUCCAUGCUUUCGUUACCUCCAGGUUGGAUUAUUGUAAUGCCUUACUGUCUGGAUGUUCCAAUAAGUGCAUAAACAAGCUCCAGUUAGUUCAAAAUGCCGCAGCAAGAGUCCUUACUAGAACUAGAAAAUAUGACCACAUCACCCCUGUCUUAUCCACACUGCAUUGGCUCCCAAUCAAAUUUCGUAUUGAUUAUAAAAUACUACUAUUGACCUUUAAAGCACUAAAUGGUCUCGCACCACAGUACCUGAGUGAACUUCUGCUCCUCUAUGACCCGCCACGCCUACUUAGAUCAAAAGGUGCAGGCUAUCUGCUGGUACCUCGUAUAGUGAAGGCUACAUCAGGGGGCAGAGCCUUUUCUUACAAAGCCCCACUGUUAUGGAACAGCCUUCCAAGUAAUGUUCGGGAAUCAGACACAGUCUCAGCAUUUAAGUCUAGGCUGAAAACAUAUCUGUUUAGUCAAGCCUUUUGUUAAUGGUGUUUAUGAGGUAAAGGAGUAGAUCUGGAGGGUCCUCAGACAUAGAGUGUUUUGGUAAACUGGGAUGUAUGGAUGCUGUCAGUCCCCACUCGCUUGCUCACUCGAGUUUGUUGACGGUGCAGUGGCUGGCUGCUUUAUGUCCCGGGGCUCCCUCAUGCCUGUGUUACCUUCUGGCUCUCUCCUUUUAGUUAUGCUGUCAUAGUUAG